AAUACCAAAAGACACAAGCCAAAGAUCUUCCAUGUACUUUUGCCAACUUAGUCAAUCUAUACACAGAUAAGGACUUGAAACCAUGUGCAACAAAGAACAAUCAAACAUGGUGUUAUGCUAGUAGUAAAGCAGCAGCUGAAAAACUACAAGCUUGUCAUAACUAUAUCCCUGAACUUAUUCAUACAUAUUCUAGUAUUUCCAGCAUUAAUACUGACACAACUGUCCAGUUUACUGAAACAGAAUUCGCCAACAAUGAAUCUGUUCCUAUAAAAGAAUUCCAAUGA